AUGUCUGUGGCAAAGCGUGUCGCGGAAGAAGUUGGCUGUCAGCUGGGUCAAGAGGUCGGCUAUACCAUCCGUUUCGAGGACUGCACGAGCCCAGCGACCAAAAUCAAGUACAUGACAGAUGGUAUGCUGGAGCGUGAGAUCCUGCUUGACCCUGAUCUAAAGCGAUAUUCUGUCAUCAUGUUGGAUGAGGCCCACGAGCGAACUAUCGCGACUGAUGUUCUUUUCGCACUUCUCAAGAAGACCGUCAAGCGUCGAAGCGACUUGAAGAUCAUUGUCACAUCGGCUACUCUAGACGCUGACAAAUUCUCGGCCUACUUCAACGAAUGCCCCAUCUUCACCAUUCCCGGUCGCACGUUCCCUGUGGAGAUCUUAUAUAGCAGAGAACCUGAGUCGGACUACCUCGAUGCAGCUCUGGUGACGGUCAUGCAGAUCCACCUUACGGAACCCCCUGGAGACAUAUUGGUUUUCCUUACCGGCUCGGAGGAAAUUGACACCGCGGCAGAAAUUCUGUACGAACGGAUGAAGGCCCUCGGCCCGGGUGUCCCCGAGCUGAUUAUUCUUCCGGUAUACUCAGCACUCCCUAGUGAGAUGCAGAGCAGGAUUUUUGACCCUGCACCUCCUGGCUGCAGAAAGGUUGUGAUAGCUACCAAUAUCGCCGAGACCUCUAUCACAAUUGAUCACAUCUACUACGUUGUGGAUCCCGGCUUCGUCAAGCAGAAUGCUUACGAUCCAAAGCUUGGCAUGGAUUCUUUGGUUGUCACGCCGAUCUCACAAGCUCAAGCUAACCAACGCGCCGGCCGUGCUGGACGAACCGGUCCUGGUAAAUGCUUCAGAUUGUAUACUGAGGCCGCCUAUCAGUCUGAAAUGCUUCCGACCACCAUUCCGGAGAUCCAGCGCCAGAAUCUAGCGAAUACAAUUCUUAUGCUCAAGGCCAUGGGCAUCAAUGAUCUCCUUCACUUCGAUUUCAUGGACCCGCCACCUACAAACACCAUGUUGACUGCCCUGGAAGAAUUGUAUGCCCUGUCAGCAUUGGACGACGAAGGCCUUCUAACUCGUCUUGGCCGUAAGAUGGCCGAUUUCCCUAUGGAACCUGCCUUAGCUAAAGUCCUGAUCGCCGCGGUUGAUAUGAGCUGUUCCGAUGAGAUGCUUAGUAUCGUAGCCAUGUUGAAUCUCAACGUGUUUUACCGACCGAAGGAAAAACAAGCCCAAGCCGAUCAAAAGAAGGCCAAAUUCCACGAUCCGUCCGGCGAUCAUCUUACCCUUCUCAACGUUUACAACGCCUGGAAGCAGAGCGGCUUUUCGGCUCCGUGGUGCUUUGAGAACUUCAUCCAAGCACGUUCAAUGAAGCGAGCGAAAGAUGUCCGCGAGCAGAUAGCGAAAAUUAUGCAGCGCUAUCGACAUCCCAUCGCUUCCUGCGGCGGGGAUACCCAGAAGGUCAGACAAGCUCUGUGCUCGGGCUUCUUUCGCAACUCAGCAAGAAAGGACCCGCAGGAAGGCUACAAGACUUUGGUCGAGGGUACACCAGUCUACCUACAUCCGAGCUCAGCACUAUUCGGGAAACAGGCAGAGUGGGUGAUCUAUCACACGCUAGUUCUCACUACGAAGGAGUACAUGCAUUACACCACUAGCAUCGAACCAAAGUGGCUUGUCCAAGCUGCACCUACUUUCUUCAAGUUUGCGGUGUUGGUAGUUUUAUUAUAUAGUUGUUGUCCCGUAUAA